UCCGUCGCUCCGGCACUUUUCCCGGGUCUCUCUCUGGAUGUAGAUGGUGUUGGAGCUCACCGAGUCUAGAACCUACCAACACCACCACGAACCGUCUUCAUUUACCGGAUCUGUUGCACCCGGAGAGGGGAGGUGACUCUGUCUGCCCCUCCUUAAAGCUUCUUUCCUGGAUCCAGUUCGUUUUUUCUCUCCAGAACCAGAGCCUGGUCUUCCCGAAUGUCGAAGGAACUGGUUUAGACGUCGGGACGAACACCACUUGGAGGUCCACCCCUAUCCCUUCCUGCCACACGCUCUGUCGGAGGUUCCCUGUUGGGAGAUGGACCAGCCCCAGUAAGGACUCUUCGCCGGGUUCGGACUCAGUAGCAGGACGUGAUUUGGACCUGGACUCGCCUGUUUUAGUGUGAAGCCAGAGCAACAUGUUUAUUUCCUUGUUUCCAUGGUGAUCAGAGGGAGCAUGCUCAUCCACACCUGGAUCUAAACUCAGCGUUUGACUCCACCAGCUGCCUCGUGUGGGGAAAAAAAGACACUGCAGUCCAGUCCUGUUACCUGACAGCACCAUCCAAACCCAGAACACUUCAGCAAAGACCGUCAGAGGAGGAUCUCCACUGCAAACGGCACCAACAUGGCCAACAACACGGCCGACCACCCGCAGGGAAAUUCAGUGGCCGAGGGCAGCCAUGACGGGGACUUUGGCAUCACCAUGGAGGAACUGAAGGCCCUCAUGGAGCUCCGAAGCGCCGAGGCUGUCACCAAGAUCCGAGACUGUCAGGGAGAUGUGCAGACGAUCUGUCGCCGGCUCAAAACGUCACCAAUUGAAGGUCUGUCCGGAAACCCGACUGAUUUGGAAAAACGUCACGCUGCAUUCGGGAAAAACUUCAUUCCCCCAAAAAAGGCCAAAACCUUCCUGCAGCUGGUGUGGGAGGCGCUUCAAGACGUCACACUAAUUAUUUUAGAAAUCGCUGCCAUCAUCUCACUUGGCCUGUCCUUCUACCAUCCACCAGGAGGCAACGCUGAAGCAUGUGGCCAGGCUGCAGGCGGCAUAGAGGACGAGGGAGAAGCCCAGGCUGGCUGGAUCGAGGGCGCCGCCAUCUUAUUCUCUGUCAUCAUCGUGGUUCUGGUGACGGCCUUCAACGACUGGUCCAAGGAGAAGCAGUUCCGCGGGCUGCAGAGCCGCAUCGAACAAGAACAGAAGUUCACGGUCAUCCGCAAAGGUCAGGUUAUCCAGAUCCCUGUAGCCGAGAUCGUGGUGGGAGACAUCGCUCAAAUCAAAUACGGAGACCUAUUGCCAGCUGACGGCAUCCUCAUCCAAGGCAACGACCUGAAGCUUGAUGAGAGCUCUCUGACCGGAGAGUCCGAUCAGGUUCGCAAAUCUCUGGACAAGGACCCCAUGUUGCUGUCCGGGACUCAUGUGAUGGAAGGUUCUGGCAGGAUGGUGGUGUCAGCCGUCGGCCUCAACUCACAGACUGGCAUCAUUUUCACCCUGCUGGGCUCCAGCGAGCACGACGAAGAGAAGAAAGUCAAAAAAGGUAAAAAACAAGGACCCCCCGAAAAUCGCAACAAAGCCAAAACUCAGGAUGGCAUUGCGCUUGAGAUCCAGCCGCUGAAGAGCGAGGAGGCCACGGAGUCUGAGGAGAAGGAGGAGAAAGAGGAGGUCAAACAAGUGAAGAAGGUCAAUGUGACCAAGAGGGAAAAGUCUGUGCUCCAGGGAAAACUGACCAGGCUGGCAGUCCAGAUUGGGAAGGCUGGCCUGUUCAUGUCCGCUCUCACCGUCAUCAUCCUCAUCCUCUACUUCGUGAUCAACACGUUUGCGAUCCAGGGCCUCAGCUGGGUGGCUGAGUGCACGCCCAUAUACAUCCAGUAUUUUGUCAAAUUCUUCAUCAUCGGCGUGACGGUUCUGGUGGUGGCCGUUCCUGAGGGGCUGCCGCUCGCCGUCACCAUUUCUCUGGCCUACUCUGUCAAGAAAAUGAUGAAGGAUAACAACCUGGUGCGUCACCUUGACGCCUGUGAGACCAUGGGCAACGCCACCGCCAUCUGCUCUGACAAGACGGGAACGCUGACCAUGAACCGGAUGACCGUGGUGCAGGCGUACAUCGGAGACACACACUACAAAAACAUCCCAGAACCUGACGUCAUCAAUCCUGGAACGGUGGACUCGCUGAUCAACAGCAUCUCCGUCAACUCCGCGUACACCACCAAGAUUCUGCCUCCAGAGAAGGAGGGAGGCCUGCCUCGCCAUGUUGGCAACAAGACAGAGUGCGCACUGCUGGGCCUGGUGCUGAACCUGAAGAGGGACUACCAGCCAAUCAGAGACGAGAUCCCUGAGGAAAAAAUGUACAAGGUUUAUACAUUCAACUCUUCCCGCAAGUCGAUGAGCACAGUGCUGCAGAAUCCUGAUGGAGGUUUCCGCAUGUACAGUAAAGGAGCUUCUGAAAUCGUCCUGAGGAAGUGCUCCCGGAUCCUGGAUGCCCAGGGUCAGCCUCGCGUCUUUAAGGCUAAGGACCGUGAAGAGAUGGUGAUGAAGGUGAUCGAGCCGAUGGCGUGUGACGGACUGAGAACCAUCUGCGUGGCUUACAGAGACUUUCCUGCUGAAGCUGGAGAACCCAACUGGGACAACGAGAACGACAUCCUGAACGAGCUGACCUGCAUCGCUGUGGUGGGCAUCGAGGACCCCGUCAGACCUGAGGUACCUGAGGCCAUUUCUAAGUGCCAGCGCGCAGGAAUCACGGUGCGUAUGGUAACCGGAGACAACAUCAACACGGCCCGUGCUAUCGCAACCAAGUGCGGCAUCCUGCUGCCGGGAGAGGACUUCAUGUGUCUGGAGGGCAAAGAGUUCAACAGGCUGAUCAGAAACGACAAGGGAGAGGUUGAACAAGAACGUCUGGACAAGGUCUGGCCCAAACUUCGGGUUCUGGCUCGUUCGUCGCCAACAGACAAACAUACUUUAGUUAAAGGCAUCAUCGACAGCAUGGUGGGAGAAACCCGACAGGUGGUGGCGGUGACGGGAGACGGCACUAACGACGGCCCCGCCCUCAAGAAAGCUGAUGUUGGCUUCGCCAUGGGAAUAGCCGGUACCGAUGUGGCUAAAGAGGCUUCUGACAUCAUCCUUACUGACGAUAACUUCACCAGCAUCGUUAAGGCCGUCAUGUGGGGGAGGAACGUCUACGACAGCAUCUCAAAGUUCCUGCAGUUCCAGCUGACCGUCAACGUGGUGGCUGUGAUCGUGGCGUUCACCGGCGCCUGCAUCACCCAGGACUCCCCUCUGAAGGCUGUGCAGAUGCUCUGGGUCAACCUCAUCAUGGACACAUUGGCUUCUCUCGCUCUGGCCACAGAGCCGCCCACUGAGUCGCUGCUUUUACGCAAACCGUAUGGACGCAAUAAGCCCCUCAUCUCCCGAACAAUGAUGAAGAACAUCCUGGGCCACGCUGUAUUCCAGCUUAUCAUAAUCUUCACUCUGUUGUUUGCAGGAGAAAAGAUUUUCGACAUCGACAGUGGCCGCAACUCUCCUCUGCACUCUCCGCCAUCGGAACACUACACCAUCGUGUUCAACGUGUUUGUGAUGAUGCAGCUCUUCAACGAGAUCAACGCCAGGAAGAUCCACGGCGAGAGAAACGUAUUUGAGGGCGUGUACAAGAACCCCAUCUUCUGCAGCGUGGUCCUGGGCACCUUCGCCUUGCAGAUCAUCAUCGUUCAGUUUGGAGGGAAGCCGUUCUCCUGCGCUCCUCUGACCAUCGACCAGUGGCUGUGGUGCGUGUUCAUCGGCAUGGGCGAGCUGCUGUGGGGACAGCUGAUCUCAGCCAUCCCGACUCACCACCUGAAGUUCCUGAAGGAGGCGGGCCACGGCAGCACAAAAGAGGAGAUCCACAAGGAGGAGAUGACGGAGGACAUGGAUGAGAUCGAUCAUGCCGAGAUGGAGCUAAGGAGGGGCCAGAUCCUCUGGUUCAGAGGUCUGAACCGAAUCCAGACUCAGAUGGAUGUGGUCUAUACCUUCCAGACGGGCCAGGCGCCGGUGCCCGGUGCCCUGCGCCGCCAGCCGUCCGUCGUCAGCCAGCAGAAUGACAUUAAGGUGGUGAACGCGUUCCGUAGCUCCCUCUUUGAGGUGGAGAGCCCACAUUACCGUAGCUCCAUCCAUAGUUUCAUGGCCCAUCCAGAGUUUGUGCCGCAGUCUGAGGAGGAGGCUCGGACCAGCAUCAUCGAGGAGGCAGGAGAGGAGUCUGGGGAGAUUGAGGCCUUUCCCUAAUGCUCAGCUGCGGGUGAAGGAGAAGCAUCCGGCAGCAAGAUCACCAUCUGAGCUUCUCCUUCUUUCCCUCCUCUUCAUCAGCUUCAGUCACCCUCCAGCUGGAUUGUCACUCCGAGGAGGGGUGUCACGAGUCAGCUCAUCCUCCCAUCCUGCACACAUCCAUGCCCCACGCUGUUUUCCAUCCUGCCUGUGAUGUUGUUCAGUUUGUUUCUCCAUCACCACCAUCCCAUCAGCUAAGGGCGGAGUCUCCUCACCAGGAACACCUCUUUCACGCUAAAAUUCCCACAGAGUUCACUUGUAGAAAUCUUCCUCCAUUUUUCACCUCUGCAUGCUGUGGUGCAUUGUGGGAAAGCAGUUUGUUCAUUUCCCAACAUGCCGAAACACUGCCGCCUCCAGAGAGGGCUCUCUUUCCGACCUCAUCCCAUUUUAGCCGGGUUCUGGUUCCCGUUGUUCUGGUUUAUCCGCAGCGUCCGUGUAAAGCUGAUGCAUGUUUCGAUUAAUUGUUGUUGAGUCGCAUGAUGACCUGUGAGUUCAGCGGUUUGGAAAACCGGCUCUGUUCAGAACUCCGUGAACUUCCUGUGUCCCAUGGAUGACAUGAAGGAACCAUCAGAUGCGGUCAGCUCUGUAGGCCACUUCACUACAGUCACAUUAAACAACACUAACACUUUCCCACCGCUCUUAUUCAACUCUGCACAACCAGAACGGUGGGUCCAGUCGACCCGUCUGAGCUGCACUCGAUCAAAUGAAGCUUAAAAACCACAGGAAACAUCAGAACUUGGACCUGGAUUUUAAUCAUACGUGGAUGGAGCUUCCAUCUCCUCCACCGUCCCCUCAGGCCCGUCAGGAGAGCUGCUUCCUCUGUUCUCCUUCAUUUCCUCCCAUGGUCACAGACAGACACUAAGCUGUUUAAACACUGAGAAAGAGCUGACUGCAGUACUGAUCUGUUUGUCUGAUCAAAGCAGGAAGUUACUUCCAGUAAACAGGAAGUGGAGCCGUGAACGGAGUCCGGGGGAGGGGCCUGGCUGCAGAUACCGAAUCUGUUGGAGCUCAAAACAUUUUUUAUCGAGGCUUUUAAACCACUGAUGGAAAGGAUGGAGGGGUCCGUUCAGUGUCUGCCUCCAGGCGCUCCUGGACCGUCUGCCGUCGUUUCUUUUCCCGCGUUUGUCUGAUUUCCGAUGAGCUGUCAGUGACGUCACACGGCCAGCAGCGUUUAUCAGUUGUUUAUCACGGUUACCUGGUGACGCCGCUCUGCUGUGUUAGACAGGCGUCAGUGUGGAGGCCACGCUGAGGUUUAUAGGAGACUGAUGAUGUCACCAGUCGGCCUGUAGAGUUAUAUCCACUGUGUCCCCGCCGCUCUCCGUCUCCCGCUCCGUUUUGUCUGGUAGGAAGAUCGGAGCAGCGGUGCGUCUGAUCCCCUCAAACAGCCAUCAGCCUCUCCUGACUGAAGCGAUGUGCUACUACUGCCAUAUUUUCCAUGACUCGGUUGACCUUCUCCCCCCAACGAGCUUUUUCUAAGUACUCAGAGCCAUAUUUUAUAGGAUGUUGUUUUCCGUCAUUGUUCCUGAGGCCCCACCCCCCUCUGGCCCCCUGGCCCCUUGACCCCGUCCUCCAAACACGACCAAAAAGCGAGGAGAAACUCUUCAGUUGUCACUGCCGAACCAUGUUUGAAGGACCUCUCCGAUGUUUACAUGAAAGCGGUUUGACCCCCUUCAUCCCUUCCUUUUCUCUAUCUUACUGUUUAACUGAGUAGGAAACUUUCUUGCAUGGUGUUCAUAUAAAAUUCAAUGUUUGUUCAUUUUUUACAAUUCUUCUGUAUUUUUAUAUUAAGUACUUUUUAAUAUUUUGCAGAUGUAUGAUUCUGUGUACAGGCCGAGGAGUUGGGUGAGCGUACAGAACCUGAAUGAUAGGAAUCUGCCGUGGACUCUUUUACAGCUCCUAAUAUUUCUGCCACGAGUGGCGUCCGAGUCACCCGACGUUAGGGCUCCCAACCUGCAGUGACUUGUUUACUUCCUGUUGGCUGUUCACUUCCCAUCAUCCCCUCCGGCUUCAGUUUGAUUUCUUUAAUAUGUUGUAAUGGUUCUGACUUGGUUUGAGUCCAACAUUAAACGGGAAUGUAUUGUUAUUCUGCUAACUUCUGGGUUUGUUUGUUCACUGGAUCAUGUUGUGUCCGGCUCCAGACUCCUCCUCUCAUCCAGAACUCCGAGUCGGUUCCUAAAACAGCCGGGUCAGUCGUCUGUUUACAGUCUCUGUGGGACUGGAUCAGAGCCGGACCCACGAUAACCAACACCUGAGGUUAGCGUUUAGACCCAGUCACAUUUCAGUCCCCUUAGUCUGGGUCUGUCGAAGAAAACGGGGCCCAACAAAACCAGUUUAUCCAUCAUGAGUUGAAGAUGAUUAAUCGCGUCCAGACUGACCUUCCCAGCUGUUCCCAGCAGACCCUCAUGCCAGGGAUCAGAACCGAAGAACAGCAGGACUCCAGAUAAUCCUUUAUAGGAAAGGGAAACCUUUCAGGUUGUCACAGGGAAUGAGACCGGACCUUAGUGCCAACUGGGUUGGACCAGGUCCAACACCACCUCAGGCUAAUUUAUGUAAACCCGGUUCAUCCUUUAAGUUCUGAUUGAAGGAGUUAAGAAUGAAAAGUUUUGUCAUUCCGACGUCUGGAUCUGGAUCAGGAUCUGGAGCCUGGAGCAGGACACAAGGUGGCGCUGCGUUCCGUACGACUUGCAGCCUACUGAGGAGAGGGCGGGACUGUUCAAGAUCUCUGACAUCACUUCCUCUUCCAGCUGAACUCCUGCACCUGACCAGCAGGUGGCGCUUGUGUAAAUAAUGUCACAUAAUGAAUGAGGUGGGAGAGUGGACAAUCAGCCAAUCAUCACCCAGCAUAGCUUUAAGAUUGUUCUGCCAAAGUUGUUUCCAUCCCGCACCUCCCUCAGCCUGGUUCAGGAUUGUCCCUCUGCUCUUGCCGUAGCCUCGGCUGGUCGGACCUCAUCCCGGAUGACCUGGCAGCAGACUGAGAACUUUGUUUGCCGCAGUUUUCCAUCAGGAAGGAGCCUCUUCCGCCAAGAACCUGCUCAUCCUCUGCAAAACAAACUGGAACAUCACAGCUGAAAGUCAUAUUUACAUUCGUAUAUAUUUAUCUUUGAUAUGUAUGCGUUGAUAUAUAUCAGAUUUAAAUAUAAAGGCAGAAAUCCGGUUCUCUGUUUGAACUUUGUUGCAAAAAAGACUGAAAGUUUUAGUUCCUGUAAUUACUAUGAUAGCCAGUUAUAGGCGUUGGUGUUAUUUUUGUAUAAACAUAAUAUCAUCUAUGUGGCAUGCAUGACAUAUAUACAGACUUUGGUGGUUUAAAGCAAUAUGUCCGACCUGGUGCGAUUGGUUCCGUCGUGUUCUGUGUAGCCAGAAAAAACCCAACAAAAAACAAGAAAAAGAUUCUGCAGCUGUUCAGUAUCCGUGUUCAAUGUUCUGUGUUCUGCAUGUUUUAGUACGGAAUGAAACAUCCCAAAUGUUGACUCGUUUCCAACCCCAAACACACACACACACACACACACACACGGUCAGAGAUUCAGCUGCACUGUGAGGUGAAAACCUUUAAAUCAUCUUUCUGUUCCCAUCAUCCCCCAUCACAGCACUCAGGUUUACAGACUGUCCCUGAACUCAUCACAUUCUGGCUUCAUCACUUCAGUCGCUCUGAAAAAUAAACCUCCAACCUCUGGAUCUGAGUCCAAAUGUUCCCGGAAACAGAAAUCACACUUCCUUUGUCAACGAGCCCCAAGAUUAGUCUGACGCCAGAAAUUCGCUUUAUAUUUUCAACAAAUUAUUUGCUGAUUGAAGGAAAAUAUUUCCAUUGGGUCUUCAAGAUUUGUCCAGAAUAUCUUGGAUUGUUGAUUGUUUCUCCUGACUGGGGCAGCCGAACCGGUUCCUCCUGCUCCAGGUGUCAGACCAGAUUCUAAGACGUCCCAGGAUCCAGUGUGAGGUUCUGUUUGUGUGAAAGUUUUUAUCUCCUGAAGCUUCAUGGGGUCCAUUUGACGCUGCGUUCCUCACUGGGAAAACUGCAAAUAUUCCAAGAAAUCCACUUUAGGUCAAACCCAAGAUUCCAAUGAAAUUAUUAUUAUUAUUAGGACUUUAUUAUAAAGAAAUAAAUGUUAUUUGAACAAUAAAGGCAGUUUUUCAGAAUAAAA